AUGACUUUUAGCUUACGAUUAAAACGAGAAGCCCUUGUUGGAGGAUUAGCUGGCGUAAGCCCCGCUAUAAGAGAUGCCAGCGGAAUGUGGCAGGAUAUGGGAGACCCUGGACCACUGAUUGGAGGAGACGCUGGCAUAAGUCCCGCUAUAACAGGUGCUAGUAAGCAGCUGGAAAUGGAAGACCCUGGACCACUGAUUGGAGGAGAAGCUGGCAUAAGUCCAGUGAUCACGGGAAAUGCCGGUAUAAGACCAGCAAUAGGAGGUCCGGGUCCAAUGGUCGGGGGACAUGCUGGUAUGAGAACACGCUAA